AUGGUAGGAAAAAGUCGAAAGGAUUGGUCGGAUAAGCUCGAUGACGCAUUGUGGGCGUUUCGUACCGCCUACAAGACACCUUUAGGGUCCACUCCAUUCAUGAUUGUCUAUGGCAAAGCGUUCCAUCUUCUCAUGGAAUUGGAGCACCGAGCGCUUUGGGCUCUUAAAACCGUAAAUUUAGAUCUUACCGAAGCGGUUAGGAAGCGUUUCUUCCAAAUUCACGAGUUCGAUGCACUUAGAGAUGCGGUGUAUAAAUGUUCAUUCAGUAUUAAGGAGAAAACGAAGGCGUUGCAUGACAGUAGGUUAAAAGGGUUGAAGGAGUUUAAAAUCGGUGAUAAAGUACUUCUAUAUAAUUUGAGGUUUAAAUUGUUUCCCAGUAAACUGAAAUCCAAAUGGGCUGGGCCAUACGUAGUGAAGGAAGUGUUUCCAUAUGGUACCAUCAAGUUACUAAAUGAAGCCGACGGAUGUAUUUGGAAAGUGAAUGGUCAUAGGUUGAAACAUUACUUAAGAGGGCCCAUCGACACCACCGAGAAGGAGGAAACUCCUCUCGAAGACCUACCGAACACCACCAUUUAG